AGUCACACCUAGAGUUUAUGCGUGAUUUAACUAUGCAUUUUGACUGUUGGUGCUCAGCGGCCGGGGUUGACUCCUUUGAAAAACUCCGUGAGUUAGUUAUUUUGGAGCAGUUUAAAGACUCUGUGUCAGAGUGUAUCGCUACGUAUAUUAGUGAGCGUGGAGUUAAGUCGAUUGGUGAAGCUGCUGCUCUGGCUGACGAUUAUUUUUUGAUUCAUUCUUCAAGAGGUGGCGCUGGUCCUCAUGAAGCAAGGGCAAGUAGGCAGUUUGUGGAUAGGAGUGGUGUUUCAGGGGAUUCAGAAAAAAUCUGUAAUUACUGUCAUAAGCGAGGUCACUGGAAAAAUGAUUGUUAUGCUCUUAAAUCUCGUCCACAGCAAGCUUUUCCUAAAGCUAAUCCAGCUAUGUGUGCUGUGUCUGUUGCUGGCCAGGAGGUAGGUGGAGUCACUGAAGGCAAUCUGGAGUUGAAAUCUUAUUUGCCUUUUAUUACGGAAGGUUUUGUGUCUUUAAAGGGAAGUAAAGAGCAGGUGCGCAUAAAGAUUUUACGUGAUACUGGGGCGUUUGACUCAUUUAUUGUAGCUGCAACAUUGCCAUUUUCAAAUGACACCUUUGUGGGCUCAAGCAUUCCUGUUGUUGGAAUGGGGUUAAAUGUUUUGAAUGUACCACAACACAAAAUGAUGCUGCAUUGUAAUCUCUUCCAGGGCGAGGUGUCUGUUGGUGUGCGUCCAGCAUUACCUGUGGAUGGUGUCGCUAUGAUCCUGGGUAAUGACAUCGCCGGUGAUAAAGUAUGGGCUGACGUAUCUCCGCCUGCCAGGGUGACGGUGACUCCUCUGGAGUGCAGUAAGCCUGAUGAGAGUGAGCACUCUACAGACUCCUAACCAACGGCUGAUGCGCUGGGCUCUUCACCUCCAGUCCUACACUUUGGACAUUCGGCAUAUCAAGGGGCGGGACAAUGUGGUGGCAGACGCUUUGUCCCGGGCUCCAAGUGGUUAGGUAAGAUGUGCCUUCUUAAAAAAGGUUACAAACUUUCUGUUUUGGGAUACCUGCAGCUCAAGGGAAACCCUAGGGGUCCCUGUUUUGUUAGAGGGGGGUGUUACGGCCUUUGGCCUGUUUUUGGUCGUUCCCCUGCUCCUCCUCUCUUUCAGGCUUAAUUGCUAACACCUGGGAAGAUGGUGCUUUAAAUGGGAGCUUCUCCGCUGUAUGGCGGGCUUUUUCCUCAUCUGGUGGCUGAAGACUCCGACGCUGCUCGGCUAGCUGCUUCAGGCUUAGACCUCGCUCGAUACGCCAGGAUUUCACAGAGAUGCACCUUUAAGUUUAUCUGAGUUGAUGUCUUUUAUUUUUACAUCCAACAUCUGCACACAUACACACCUACAACACAUCCCAGCACUUACUUUACACUGC